ACAUUUUGUGGCAAGAAAAAAUUAUCGCCUGUUAAUAUUCACCUAAUCGAUCACAAGGCCUACAAAAUAGUAGAUUCAAACAAAUGAAAAUUGAUUUUACCGGUAGAAACGAGUACUCAGUGAAGUUCGCGAGCAAGGCAUGGUGUAUGUUUUAGCAACGAUUUCAGGGAGCCUUUGCUUUGGAAUAUAGAAAUGGAAAUUUAAAAUCACCUACUCGGCAACGACUAUCCACAACAAUCACGUCUUGCAAAAUGUAAGUAAUCAAGAAGAGAAGAAGAGUCACAAAUCGAUGCGGCUAAUAUUUAGCUGGCUGAACAGCUUCUUGUGUGUGUAGUGCUUAUUUUUCCUGCAUCAGACAUAAUGAAAAUUUGAUUACUGUCGGCUCUAAUGGGAUGUGACGCCAGCAAGUCAACAGACGUCAUCGAAAAUGAAGAAAUUGAAAGUGAUACCUUUGAUUUUACGGACACCCAAAUCGACACAAUUCGUAGUACCUGGCCAAUACUGGCGUGUGAUAUGGUCGAUAUCGGAUCUAAAGUGUUCUUAAAGAUUUUCAUUGAUGAGCCAAAACUCAAGUACGCUUUUCCUUCCUUCAGUGACAUGGAAGAAAACGAUCUUCUUCGUCAUCCUCCAUUUAUUGAUCACGUGACUCGAUUUAUGCAAAUCAUCGACUAUUUGGUCGAAAAUCUCGAUCAACAAAACUCUGACUUUCAUCAAGCGUUGCUCAUGCUAGGGGCCAAACAUGCCACAUUUCCCGGAUUUCAGGUCAGCCAUUUCACUGUAUUUAAUAAGGCUCUUCUUGAGGUGUGGGAGAGUGCCAUUGGCGAAGAGUUCAUACCGGAAGUUCAAAAUUGUUGGACACAGCUUUUUGCCUACAUAAUGCGAUACAUAGUUCAAGGCUAUGAACUUUAUUUCAGCGAGUGCCAAGACGAAAUCAUUGAAGAAAAGACUUAAUUGACUUAUUGUGUGUGUUUUUUGUUUUGUUUUGUUUUUGUUUUUUAUAUCUGAAUGACUUUUUACUCUUAAUAUAUUAUUAACUGAUAAUACAUGUAUGUUCAUGCUUUUGCAAUCACAUAUAGUCAAAUGACGUACAUGUAACAUGAUAUUAAAGAAAUAAGACAAAAA